AUGACGUCAUUGAAGCGCUCGUUCGACAGUAUUGAUCAACCAUCCUCACUUCAAUAUGACUCCAUCCCAUCUUCGCAGAAUUCAUCACUGUCUCCUCCCGCAUAUGAGACCUUGUACCAGCCAGACCAUUCUAUCGAUGGUUGGGGUCCAGCCUGGGAUGAAGUGAUUGGAGUUCCGCGUGUCCACGCGGGUGGCCUUCAAGCUGCCGAAGGAGAUGGAAUAUUUCCUGACGAGCAGGCCUUUUCGUCUAUGAGCACAAUUGAUGAUGCCUUCCAACCUUGGCCAGGAGAUUCCUUUGGGACUUUCUCGACUUACAGCCCAGUUGAGCCUUUGUCGCAGUCAACGGAUAAUACUGAGUAUUAUGGACAAGGCCAUGACAUAUGCUUUGGAAUGAUCUACCGAGCGAAAGCCAAGCUUGAGGGCAAUAUGUCUGAGGUCUGUCGUAAACUCGCCGUAGCCACGACUAAAGCGCAGACUCACUUUGUCUUGAAUGUGAUUUGUACCGAUACUGGGCUUUCGGUUGUGCUAUCAGAUGGUAGUCACCUUGCUCGACUCAAUGUGCAUUUAGCAGAUGCUCUAGUUGAGGAAGUCAGAUCGGGGACCAUCCGCUUGGAGGCAUUGGUGAGCAAAAGGAACAUAUUCGAGGAUAUUUCUACCGCUACAAGGGAAAAGGACGCACAUACGGUGUUGAAUAUCAAUGUUUAUGGUAGCUCAUUAGUGCAGACAACAAUUGGUCAUAUGUGCUCUAAUGAGAAGAUUUGGCUUCAGCGCCCGGAUUGGCUGAGUCCAAAUACCAAGUACGAUAAUCCACAUACUCUCAAAUUCGACUCUGGUAAUGAAGAAGAACGUCAUCCACUUGUUGUCGAAGACGAAGCACUCCUGAAGAAUGCCGACUUACAACAAUCUAUGGAUGAGGUGUACUCUAUGCUCACGAGAGAUUCACAUCUUAAGGGCCUCUCCGGAGACGCUCGACUUCGCACUUCGCUGUUCGAACAUCAAGGAAAAGCGCUGGAUUUCAUGAUGCAAAGAGAAACUGGACCCAUUCCAGAUGGCUUCGAGUUGUGGGAAACAGUAAUCCAGGAUUCGGAGACUUGGUAUCACCACAAAGUUGCAGGGAUCAAAUCUCGAUCACUACCAUCAGAGGUGGGAGGUGGAAUUCUGGCGGAUGAGAUGGGGAUGGGGAAAACUUUCUGUGUGCUUGCUCUGGUGGUUGGGACACUUAGAGAUGCACAUUCGUGGUCAAACGAUGACGGGGUUCACCUUGCAGAGGGUAUCUCCCCAACGAAGAUACUGUCCCGGGCGACGUUGGUCGUCGUUCCUUCGCCUUUACUGUUGUCCACGUGGCAAAGUGAGAUAAAAGACCGUCUGGAUGUCCCGCCGAAAGUAUUGAUUCAUCAUGGCAACGAGCGGCCUAAGGAUCCCAAGAUUAUGGCUGACAAUGACAUUGUGUUAACAACCUAUCACACUCUCAUUGCUGACUACACAAGGAAAAAACCCAUCGCAAAUGAAGUUGCAUGGUAUCGCGUCGUCCUUGAUGAAGCACACUUUAUUCGGAGAAUGACUACCUCUUUGCACAAACGAGUAGCUGAACUCGACGCAAAGUUUCGAUGGUGCCUCACAGGUACGCCGAUUCAGAAUACCCUUGACGAUCUUGGAUCGUUGUUUGCUUUCAUCAGAAUAUUCCCGUUCGACCGGCUGGGCGUUUUUCGAAAAUUCAUUUCUGUUCCUUUCAAAGAAGGGGGUAGCAUGAGAGCCGAUGGACAACAUGCUCUUGCAAGACUUUUCGAUGCAAUGUGCAUACGACGGACCAAGGAACACUUGAAACUCGCUGGCUCUACGGAAGCCAUUCACCCUGUGUCCCUAUCUCCAAAUGAAAGAGCUCAGUACGACAAAACCAGCAGCGACAUGAACAGAGCAUUGCGUAACUUAGCAGGAGACUACGAAAGUCGAAACAAGUUCUCUUUGUUCCAUGCUCAACUCCAGCUGAGGCUGAUUUGCAACCAUGGAACGUUUCAGCGUCAAUUUCACUGGGCUCGAAGCAGAAAUUCUCGUGAUGCCAGAGAAUUUGUCCUAACAGCUGCGGGAAGUGACGGGGAGAUAUUUUGCUCAGGUUGUACACAAAUGGUCCCUGGCAUCCUCUCAAGUCGAGCGCUUCAUCUUCUUCCUGCUUGUAAGCAUGUAUUGUGUUCAGAAUGUAACCCCAGCCCCAACGAUGGGUGCCCUUUGUGUGCAGCAGACUUCUCAUCAACGCGGAGGUCAACUAUGGUGAUGAGUGGCCCUCACUCUAUUGAUGGCAACGGUUACUUCAACUCUGGGGGAUUCUCAUCGAAGCUAGCUGCACUGGUACAAGACUUAAUCCAGACCUCCCCGGACGACAAAAGCAUUGUAUUUACCUGCUGGACAACAACCCUUGAUCUGGUCGGUUGGCAUCUAAAUCAGCACAACAUACGACACAUGCGGGUUGAUGGGGAGCAUGCCUUGAAACAUAGAGAGACCACUCUGCAGCAGUUUGAAACGGAUCCUCGAGUUCGAGUGCUCAUCAUGACGACAGGCGUGGGUGCCCUUGGCCUCAACAUCAUCGCAGCCAACCAAGUCUUCCUGCUAGAACCCCAAUGGAACCCAAGUGUGGAGGCUCAGGCUAUAGGUCGCACUAUUCGCAUUGGUCAGCACAAGGCUGUCCACGUUACGCGGUAUAUUGUCAAGGGUACAGUGGAAGAAGAUAUCCAACAGCUGCAAAGUCGAAAGCGGGGAAUCGCAAAGAUGACCAGCCAGGUGAAAGCAUCGGACAGUAUGAGCAUCAAGCAGGAGCAUUUCGGAUCGCUCAUCUAA